AUGCUCUUCUCAGAGCCACCUUCCAGUGUCCUAUUCUGGAGCGUGUCUGCAAUACUCCUGGGCUUACUUGGCACGGCAUAUAGUAUCGUCUACCAACUUUGUUGGUCCCCGCUGCGCCGUUUCCCGGGUCCGCGGCUCUGGGCAGUCUCGCGCAUCCCAGGUCAGCUGUCAGUGUUGCAUGGGCACCAUCAUCUGGAUCUGACCGCUCUACAUGAGCAGUACGGCUCGGUGCUACGGAUUAGCCCUCACGAAUUGGCGUUUAAUACUCCACAGGCCUUUCGAGACAUCUAUGGUGCACGCCCAGGAGGGUGUUUCCCCAAGGAUCGAACCCAUUACUUGCCCCCUGCCAAUGGAGUCAAUCACCUCGUCUGCGAAGUAGACCAUACUUCCCAUGCCCGCCAAAGGCGCCUGCUCUCUCAUGCCUUCUCCGAGCGGGCUCUGAGGGACCAAGAGAGCUUGAUCACCAGCUAUGUCGAUACAAUGAUCUUCAAGUUACACCUCGAGAUUCAGAGGUCCUCGUCCUGUGUGGAUAUCAAACAUUGGAUGAACUUCACUACAUUCGAUAUCACAGGCGACCUGAUCUUUGGAGAGUCGUUUAAUUGCCUUAAAGAUAGCAAAUUGCAUCCUUGGAUCGAGUUAAUUUUCAAGUCAAUCAAAGCUCUGGCACUGGACGGCAUCACGCGCCAAUUUCCUGUUCUUCGCACAUUCCUGAGGGCCUUUAUCCCGCGGAGAAUCCAGCAAAAGGCUGUUGAGCAUUUCAAACUCGCAGCGAAAAGAGUGGACAAGCGCUUAGAAACUCAAACUACGCGUCCGGAUUUUAUGGCGGCCAUUCUGCAAAAUGGAUUGAGCGAAUCCAAUGGCAAAUACCAGGCAGGAAAGCGAAUUAUGACAAGAGCCGAGAUUCACUCUAAUGCGUUCAUCUUUGCGGACGAUAAAGAUAUGACAUUUCGAAGCUGUGCGACCUUGCCAUACCUCGCUGCCGUCAUUGAGGAAUCGCUACGAAUGUAUCCACCCUUUACAGUGGUUGCAUGUCACCACUACGCUACUUACCACUCAUCGUCAAAUUUCGCACUCCCUGACAACUUCAUCCCGGAACGGUGGUUGGGAAAAGACGCCCGUUUUGACGGCGAUAAAAAGGAUGCUUUGCAGCCCUUCAGCCUAGGGCCAAGGAACUGUCUCGGUAAAAAGUAUGUGUCCACUGGAUCUACGGCCCUGUCCUCUGCUGUGACUAAAAAGCAGCUCUUCUCCCUUAGUUUGGCUUACUGUGAGAUGAGACUCAUCCUCUGCAAAUUGCUGUACCACUUCGAUUUCAUGCUGUGUCCCGAAAGCGCCAAUUGGACCGAUCAGAAGGUUUAUUUCCUCUGGGAUAAGCCUGCGCUGAUGGUGACACUCAAGCCUCGCUUGAAAAAUGAGAAUAGAACGGAGUCCUAA